UUGAGUACGGUGAAUGGGUUUCAUACUCUUGGUUGGGUCAACCGUCUCCAGUUCCACUGUCGUGAAAUUUUCUUCCAGUCGCCCCCUCUGCCCCACAAACCCCCUUCCCUGCCGUCGAGAGAGCUCCGUCUUUUCUGAAAUUGCCCUGCCAGGAAGGAGGCAUCGACCGGCAGGAGUUGCCUGGGAUAUGCACGUUCAGUACCUGGCUCAGUCAGCGGCGACUGGGGCUUCCGUCAGGUUUGACGACGUUGGUUUGUUUGGCACUGGCGACAAGCGUUUGCGAACUGGAUGGUUACUGUACCAAGGAGUCGUGAUGCCCGGUCCGGUCAAAUUCACCGAAAAUUGUUGACCGACGCUGUCAGGCGGAUCGUCCGCGUUUUUCUCCCUUCCUGAUUUGCUCGACUCGAAGCAGCGGGAUGGAUAGUGGCCGGAUAAUCCAUUGUUAAGACAUUCGUUAUUGGAUAGGGAAUAUUGGUUGGUGCAUAAGUUCUAUGCAGUAUUUCGAAAUCUUGUAGCUUUAGUGCAUACGUCGAAGGCCGUUCGCUAGAGUCACUCAUCUCUUCAACUUUCGUCACUCAGCCUUGCCUUCUUCCUCUUUUCCCUCCAUUUCCUUCAGCUGCUAAGGGUCUGCUUUAGGUCUUAAGACUUCUUCCCCUAGAAGCUCGCUACGCGUGUUACAAUCUAUAUUCUGUUUCGCGUGUAGCGCGAACGUCGCAAUCCCUAAUCAUGGAGGCCGCCAUUGCGUGCACGACGAGCAGCGCUCUCAGCCCGUUAGUACGCGGCGCUCCAUCAAGCGCGACCCGACGAUCCUUCUUAAAGGGAUCAGCUCGGAAUGAGGUGUCGCGAGGCGCAUUCUUCGGGGAAAGUUCAGGCCUUGAUGCCGGACAUCGACCGCUCCGAACCACGCCGAACCGAAGGAGCCUAACUGUCCGUGCGGCGGGUAACACUUUUGGCACGGCAUUUCGGGUUACCACAUUCGGCGAAUCCCACGGCGGAGGGGUGGGCUGCGUCGUCGAUGGCUGCCCUCCGCGCCUGCCGCUCACAGAGAAGGACCUCCAGGUCGACCUGGACAGGCGUCGCCCGGGCCAGUCUCGCAUCACCACCCCUCGCAAGGAGACGGACACAUGCCGGAUUCUAUCAGGCACCGCUGAAGGGGUGACACUUGGAACGCCUAUUGCCGUUCUCGUGCCCAACCAGGACCAGAGGGGAGGGGAUUACUCUGAGAUUGCAGUGGCCUACCGCCCGUCUCACGCGGAUGCUACUUACGACUUCAAAUAUGGCGUGCGAGCCAUCCAGGGCGGGGGGCGGUCCUCAGCUCGUGAGACCAUUGGCCGUGUGGCUGCUGGCGCAAUUGCCAAGAAGCUUCUGGCUCUCCACUCAGGGACUGACGUGCUCGCCUUUGUCUCUCAAGUGCACAACGUUGACCUGCCAGAGGAUGCCAUCGACCUCGAUACAGUCUCACUGGACCAGGUUGAGGCCAAUAUCGUGCGCUGCCCUGAUGCUGCAAUUGCAGAGCGCAUGAUCGACGCCAUCGAUGCUGUGAGAGUGAAGGGGGACUCGUGUGGCGGUGUGGUCACGUGCGUUGCCAGAAAUGUGCCCCGGGGCCUGGGCUCGCCUGUCUUUGACAAGCUGGAGGCAGAGCUGGCACGUGCGCUCAUGUCUCUACCCGCCACCAAGGGCUUUGAGAUCGGCAGUGGAUUCUCAGGAACCCGCAUGCUGGGCAGUGAGCACAACGACGAGUUCUAUGUCGCCCCAGACGGGGCCAUUCGCACGCGCACCAACCGCUCAGGCGGCAUUCAGGGCGGCAUCUCCAAUGGGGAGAACAUUGUUGUGCGCGUGGCGUUCAAACCGACGUCGACCAUCACCAGGAGUCAGCGCACGGUGACGCGCGAGGGCGUGGAGACUGAGCUCAAGGCACGCGGCCGACACGACCCCUGUGUUGUGCCCAGAGCUGUCCCCAUGGUGGAAGCCAUGGUCGCACUGGUGCUAGCAGACCAGCUGCUGCAGCACGUGGCCCAGUGCGACCUGCUGCCAGCUGACGCCCUUGCUCCUGCUGCUGGCGCUGCUGGUGUUACGGGCGAUAACCAGCGGCAAGCUACAGUAGUUGAGCAGUCUGCCAUGUAUAGCGAGCAGUGAGAUGUGAGGGUGGUGCAGUGGUACCAGUUAAAUAGUUGGCUAGGUUUGGUGACAAUUAUCUGGAUUCCCUAGCUCGGGGUGGAUUUGUCUGAAUGAGGGAAUUUGCAACUUUGCGCAUGUGCUUGUGCAUCAUGCUCUUGCAAGGAAGUAGGUAGCAAGCUGAUUACUACCUUAAAUAAAUACGUAGACAGAAAAGAGCCUUUAGUCUGUUGUGAUCUAAUUGAUACUUAGCAUUUCUGUAAGUCGAUUAGGUGUAGUUAGUGUCGAAUCCUACUGUAGAACAUAAGUC